UAACAGAGGCCUGCGGGGAGCGCCCGCGCGGUGGUCGGUUGGGCGGGUGUCGGGUCGGGAAAACUAGGUCCUGGGGUGUCCCCUGAACAAGAGCUGUCCGCGAGAGUCUCAGGCUUCAGUCAGGCCCUGAAUGGCUGGUCUCCAGUUGGCGCCACGUCUGCCUAUGGAUGUUAUGCUCCCUUAUAAUAAAGCAGAAGCUCCAGGACUCCACUCAAUCAAACAAGACCCCUAUGAACGAGGUGACUCUUCUCAGAAGUCCUCAGUGAUGCAUCUGAGGGACAAUUUCCAGCAAAAGCUUUUGAGUAACAAAGAACUGACACGGGACAAUCUCUAUACUCACCCCAAAUGGACCGCCUGCCAGAAAGUCCAGAGCCACUCCUAUCCCCACUGUGCUGGAAUCAGUCAACAAGAUUCAGGAAGCAAUCCCCAGGGACAAGCAAAGUGUUUUUUUUACUCAUCCAGCCCUCAAUCCUUGUUUCCCGAAACAAAUAACCAGGACUUCAUCCCCUUUACAAAGAAGAGAGUGGGAGUGGACCGGGCGUACCCACUGAAACCUGUGUUCCAUCGGAAGUCUCGAAGUACAGGUGAGGCUGGCACAUCCGGGGACCAAAAUGUCUCCUCAAAACUCACUGAGCCAAGAGAGUUUUCAUCCAGCAGUUUUGACUCAAGGAACUGGACUAAUUCAUCUGUGUUUGGUACUGUUCUUGCUGCCACAGACAGGGAGAGCGCCAUGGCAAGCUACCAUAGGACCGAGUGGGUGCAAAUCCAGAGACUAGAGGCUGAAGGGGAGAGCCUAGAGGAGGAAAUCCGAAGAAAAGAGACCCUCUUGAAGGAAAAGCUGAAGAAGACAGAGGAGGAACUCAGAAGGAUCCAGAGGGAAAAAGAAGAGGCUGAGGAAAAUGAGAAAAGAGAGCUACAGAGAGUGACACACCCCAGGAGGAGAGCUAAAGGGAAUAACAACGCCACAAACAGGCCUGCCUUCUCCCCAGAACCCGGGUCUGAGGAAGUGUACAGCAGAGACAGGAGAGAGGAUAAAACUUGGAGACAAUCUCAAGAAAAUUCUAGUCCAUUCCAGUUCUCUGAUUAUGGAAUACAGAAGCUCAAAAGGGAAAGACUGGUGGCAAGCAAUAACAAAAUGCACAACCGUGUCUCCGGGCCACUGACAGACAAGACUUCUCAGUCUCCAGAAGCUCCAGGCAGUCCUUUGCGGGGAUACACCAGCAAUUCUAGCUUGUCCAGACCACCGGACUCCUCAGGUUCCAGCUGUUCCGCUGAAGAGCCGGAGCUGGGCGAGUGCAGCCAUUGUGGACGCAAGUUUCUCUUGCUCAGGCUGGAGAAACACUCCAGCGUCUGCAGCAGGAUGCAGGGUUCCAAGAGGAAAGUGUUUGAUUCCUCCAGAGCCCGGGCCAAAGGCACAGAACUAGAGCAGUACUUGAACUGGAAGGGGCCAGCCUCAGCCAAGGCUGAAGUGCCUCCAAAGAGCAACUGGAGACAGAAGCAUGAAUCUUUCAUCCGCACCCUCCGUCAGGCUCGGGAGGUCCAGCAGAUAAUUGCCAAAGGUGGAAACCCCGUUGACUUGCCGCCCAUCCUGCCUGCAGAAAAUCCAGACUAUAUUCAGUGUCCUCACUGUAGCCGCUACUUUGCUCCCAAGGUGGUUGAGAGGCACGUUCCCAAGUGUAAGACCAUCAAGAACCGCCCUCCACCUCCAAGGAAGCAUUGCAGUUGAGCAGAAAAUAGUGGCACCUUCCUCGACAGUUUGGAAGGCUCUGCUUCUCUUUAGCAGUACACUGGAGAACAAUUUGAUGCAAAGUAGAAACAACUAAAAAUUUCACGUCUCCCAGACACGCCUGCAGCACUGAAAUCUGUGAGGAGACCCACUGCUCAGCAGCAUGAGGCAGAAAGCAGCCUUAGCUUCCCAGCAGAUUCCCCCCUCAGGCUGGUGAGCCUGUUACCGCCCUAAGAACUAAUAGGUGAAGACACUCCGCGUAGUGAGCAGGCUGCAUUAUACUCUUCUCACAGGUCUUUGCUUGGGGGUUGUGCUAAGUGUCUGCAUGUGGGGUGCCUUCUGGCCACUGCUUCUGCAAUGUAUGGCUGUGGUUCCUGUUAGCUCUUCUUGCUUUUACAAGAAGUUGGCUCAUGAAGAUGAGUUGAUGUCAGAGGAUUGUAAUCACCUAAUUGGUAUCUCUUACAAGAGAUGAGAUUUUUGCUGGAAGCAAGUGUAAGUCUCUCCUUGACCUCCCUGUUGCAUGGUCCUGUACAAAAGCCAAUAAACAUAUGGAAGCCAGGGCACCAGGGUAUCGGAGCCCCUCCCUGUGGUGUACUAUGUGA